UGGCUUGCGUAUGCUUGCACAUGGACGAGUAGAGAAAGCGAAGCGGCGUCGGUGGCGUCUGUGCAGCUCCGUGAAGAAGAGAAGCGGCGAUCGGUAAACUUCGGCCGCGUUUGUAUAUUUGUGCGGCUCAUUCGUUGGCUCGGACAAUUUACGUGAGUGAAUAAUAAGCGACGUUGCUCGGACCUGCAGCAAAAUGAGCGGCGAGUUAUCGAUCAGGCAGGCGCUCAAGGAACGUUCACAGAAAAGGCGGGUUCUUCUCGUUCAGCAGCUGGGGGACGGCACCGCCAGCAACCUCAGUCAGAUCCUCGGCAACACCAACGAAAGGGAGCAGCUCGCGCGGGAUUCGAAGGCGGCUCAGGGGUCUAGCCGUGCGAAUGCCGACCCUUCCAAGGAUCCCAAGCAACCGAGACUCGACUGCGACUCUUCGCCGACUCAUUCCGCCGACGACGAUUCGUACGGUGAGGAGAAAGUGUACACCUACCGCGAUUCGAGCACUUUCCUGAAGGGAACCCAGAGCGCGAACCCGCACAACGAUUACUGCCAGCACUUCGUGGACACCGGACAGCGGCCGCAGAACUUCAUCCGGGACGUUGGCCUGGCCGACCGCUUCGAGGAGUACCCGAAGCUCAAGGAGCUCAUACGACUUAAAGACGAGCUCAUUCGAGACACCGCGACGCCACCGAUGUACCUCAAGUGCGACCUGGAGUCGUUCGACUUCCGCAGCCUGAAGUGCAAGUUCGACGUGAUUCUGGUCGAGCCUCCGCUCGAAGAGUACCAGCGCACCUGUGGUGUCUCCUCCCACACCAAGUUCUGGAGCUGGGAGGAGAUCAUGAAGCUGGAGAUCGAAGAAGUGGCCGCCUCGCGUUCUUUCCUGUUCCUCUGGUGCGGUUCAUCGGACGGCUUGGACCUGGGCCGGCUUUGCCUACGAAAGUGGGGCUUCCGCCGAUGCGAGGACAUAUGCUGGAUCAAGACGAACAUCAAGAACCCGGUUCACCUGAAGAACCUCGAGCCCCGCGCAGUGUUUCAGCGGACCAAAGAACACUGCCUGAUGGGCAUCAAGGGCACUGUACGCAGAAGCACCGACGGCGACUUCAUACACGCCAACAUCGACAUUGAUCUGAUCAUCUCGGAAGAGCCCGAGUUUGGCGGUAUCGAGAAGCCCGAGGAGAUAUUCCACAUCAUCGAACACUUCUGCUUGGGCCGUCGCCGUCUGCACGUAUUUGGCCGAGAUGUCACCAUCCGGCCUGGUUGGCUUACUAUCGGACCGGAUUUGACUAACAGCAACUUCAACAGCGAUGCGUACAAUGCCCACUUCAGUAAGGGUUCCGACUAUCUUACCGGAUGCACCGAACGCAUAGAGAUCCUCAGGCCCAAGUCUCCGCCCCCGAAGGGCGGAAAGAACGCUGGCGGACCACCUGGACUUUCCAGAGGAGGCAAUCGCCGUGGAAGAGGAGCACCCAGAGGCCGCUGAUAUAGGGCCUCCCAAUAACUGGCAACCAACGAGCGUCUUGAAUUCAGUGCUCCGCAUUUGAAACCCUGGUUGCAAGUUCCCAAUUUGUGGAAGGCGAACUCCAGCUUUUAGAUGUCGAUACCCUUCCAGACAAUGAAAUGAAGCAGCAUCACAAAACAUCAUCCACUCUUUGUAAGCAAAGCUGCUGCGCGAAACUAUUGCAAGCACAUUAAGCGACAAAGUCAAUAUUGCAGCCCAAGCUUUUACGAGGCAUGGACGACUUACCUAUACAGCAUCUGAAUGCCAUUGUCAGGUCCUUUUCUCAGUCGCAUGUAAUCACUAUUAUAUUGGCUCAUCAAGGCACCAUCCAUUUUAUCACUGUUGGCCGUUUUGUAUGUGCGUGCUACCAAUGUUAUUCUGUGUAGCCCUACUUUUUUCAUGACAGUCAGUGUGUUCUUUACAUCUGCUCUACAAUGUUGACAUGAAGCUGCAUGUUGUGUGAAUAUUGUGUCAAAUUUCGUUCUGGUGAGAGUUUAUCGACGUGCUGCUGUAAGUUAAGAUGGAAUCACAAUUGAUGUCAGUUCAUUUUGGACAACCAGCAUAGAUAUUCAACUUGUGCAUUGUGGGAUCGAAGUGUGGUGUGUAUCUUUUAUACAUACAAAACAAAGUACCAAAA